AUGAUUGAACAUGAAUUGGCUGCCAGUCGCGAAUCGGUCGUACAACGAAAGCGAACAUCAUUGAUUGCAUCAUUAGUUGAUGCUCUACAGAACAAUCAAAAAUUGGAAUCAAUUAAGAGUGAAGAAGAGAAGAAAGGUCUGUCACGAGAUGAAGUUCUGGACGAAAUGGUCGCGUUUUUAGUAGCUGGUUUUGAGUCAACAUCAUCAACCUUAGCUUGGUUCAUUCAUUUGAUGAGUAAACAUCCACAAGUACAACAAAAGAUUAAAACCGAAUUGAUGAAUGAUAACAAUCUGCAACGUUUAUCAUUGGAUCGUCUCGAUUCUCUGAUCUACUUGGAUUGUGUAAUCAAUGAAGUAUUUCGAUUCUGCCCACCAACUACUGGUACGAUUCGUACAUUAACAAUAGAUGAUCGAUUGCCCUCAAGUGAUGUUCAGCUAUUCAAAGGCGAGUCAGUACUGAUCCCUUUCCAUAAUCUUGCCCAUGAUGCUCGAUAUUGGUCAAUUGAUCCGGAAAUAUUUUAUCCUGAAAGAUUUCUAGGUGAAGACAAAAAUCAUCAUCCGUAUGCAUUGAUUCCUUUUGGUGGUGGUCAUCGUCAAUGUAUUGGACAAGAGCUUGCUCGAUUUGAACUGAAGGUCAUUGCAGCUAGAUUAAUGCAAUAUGUCACAUUCGGUGAUGGCGGCAUUCAAGUUAAUGCUGGUGGACAUUCUGUAGGACUUGCUGUCAUUCCGAAACAUGUUGGAGUGACUAUUGACGUCACCGAAUGA